AUGUCGGCCAUCCCCGAGGCGCUGGGUCGCCCGCGGAGCAGUUCCUCCCGCAGCCUGGCCGGGACGCUGGAGGCCACCUUGGGCAUGGGGACGUUGGAGAUGGACAAGGAGGAGAUGCGCAUCCUCAAGGUCUGCUUCUACAGCAACAGUUUCAACAUGGGCAAGAACUUCAAGCUGGUGAAGUGCCCGGUGACGACGGAGAUCCGGGAGGUGAUCAGGUCCAUCCUGCUAAGCGGCCGCAUCGGGCCCGACAUCAAGUUGGCCGAGUGCUACGGGCUCCGCCUGAAGCACGUGAAGUCGGAUGAGAUCCACUGGCUGCACCCGGACCUGACAGUGGGUGAAGUGCAGGAGAAAUACGAGUGUCUGCACCUGGAGGCUGAGUGGAGGUACGAUCUCCAAAUCCGCUAUCUGCCGGAGGAUUUCAUAGAGCGCUUCAAAGAGGACAGGACCACCUUGCUCUACUUCUACCAGCAGCUCCGGAGCGAGUACAUGCAGAAUUACGCCAGCAAGGUGAGCGAAGGCAUGGCCCUGCAGCUGGGCUGCCUCGAGCUCAGGAGGGUUUAUAAGGACAUGCCUCAAAAUGCGCUGGACAAGAAGUCUAACUUUGAGUUCCUGGAGAAGGAGGUGGGCCUGGACCUCUUCUUCCCCAGCCAGAUGCAGGAGAACCUGAAGCCCAAGCAGUUUCGGAAGAUGAUCCAGCAGACCUUCCAGCAGUACGCGCUGCUGCGGGAGGAGGAGUGCAUCCUCAAGUUCCUCCACACCCUCGCCACCUUCGCCAACAUCGACCAGGAGAGCUACCGCUGCGAGCUCAUCUCCCUGGCUAUCAAAACAGCUUCUCUGGCCGAGGCGGAGAACAUGGCCGACCUCAUCGAUGGCUACUGCCGGCUGCAAGGGGACUUGGAAACCUCCCUCAUCGUCUUCCCCAGGAGAGGUGAGGACCCCAACCUGCUCCCACCCCACAGGCACCUGGAGGAGAGGCAAUCCACACUGUCUGACAGCGUGAGCGUGGAAUCCGAUAUUUAUGCUGAAAUCCCCGACGAGUCUUCAAGACCGAGGUCUGGAGUCCAACACUACGGGAUCUCCCGGGAGGACGUCACCUUGGGCAGGAUCCUUGGAGAAGGCUUCUUCGGAGAGGUCUACGAGGGGAUCUACACCACCCCGAAAGGGGAGCGGGUCAACGUGGCGGUGAAGACCUGCAAGCAGGACUGCAGCCCGGAGAACAAGGACAAGUUCCUGAGCGAAGCAGUACUGAUGAAGAAGCUGGACCACCCCCAUAUCGUGAAGCUCAUCGGCAUCGCGGAAGAGGAGCCCACCUGGAUCAUCAUGGAGCUCUAUCCCUACGGAGAGCUGGGGCAAUACCUGGAGCAGAACAAGCACUGCCUGCCCGUGCCCACCCUCAUCCUCUACGCGCUGCAGAUCAGCAAAGCCCUGGCCUACCUGGAGGCCAUCAACUGUGUGCACAGGGAUAUUGCCGUGCGGAAUGUCCUGGUGGCCUCCCCAGAGUGUGUGAAGCUGGGUGACUUCGGGCUCUCCAGGUACAUCGAGGACGAGGAGUACUAUAAAGCGUCCAUCACCCGUCUCCCCAUAAAGUGGAUGUCACCAGAGUCCAUCAACUUCCGUCGCUUCACGACAGCCAGUGACGUCUGGAUGUUCGCUGUGUGUAUGUGGGAGAUCCUGAGCUAUGGCAAGCAGCCCUUCUUCUGGCUGGAGAACAAGGACGUGAUUGGGGUGCUGGAGAGAGGUGACCGCCUUCCCAAGCCCGACCUCUGCCCCCCGGUCCUCUACACCCUCAUGACGCGCUGCUGGGACUACGACCCCAGCGAAAGGCCCAAGUUCAAGGACUUGGUGUGCAGGUUGAGUGACAUUUACCAGAUGGAGAAGGAGCUGGCCAAGGAGCAGGAGAAGAACAACCGCCACCGGCCUCCCAAAAUCAUGGAGCCGCCGUCCUUCCAGGAACCACCUCCGAAGCCCAGCAGACCCAGGUACAAGCCACCACCCCAGAACAACCUCCUGGCUCCCAAGCUGCAGUUCCAGGUGCCGGAGGGUCUGUGUGCCAGCUCGCCUACGCUCACCAGCCCCGUCGAGUACCAGUCUCCGGCCAACUCCCUGCACACCCCACCGCUCAACCGCCACAACGUCUUAAAGCGCCACAGCAUGAGGGAGGAAGAUUUCCUCCGGCCCAGCAGCAGGGAGGAGGCGCAGAAGCUGUGGGAAAUGGAGAGGCUGAAGAUGCGGCAGGUCCUGGAGCAGCAGCAGAAGCAGAUGGUGGAGGACUACCAGUGGCUGCGGCAGGAGGAGAAGUCCUUGGACCCGACGGUGUUUAUGAACAACAUUCCUCCGCUGCUCCCGGAGAAGGAGACGGAUUACACGGAGUUCACGGGGCCCCCCCAGAAGCCUCCAAGACUUGGAGCACAGUCCAUCCACCCAGCCCCUACCGCCAACCUGGACCGCACAGAUGAUACAGUAUACAGCAACGUCAUGGACCUGGUGCGGGCUGUGCUGCAGCUGAAGAAUGAGAUCAGCCUCCUGCCCCCGGAGGGGUACAUCCUCGUGGUGAAGAAUGUGGGACUUUCCCUGCGGAAGCUGAUCGGCAGCGUUGACGAGAUCCUGCCCAUCCUGCCCGCCGCCUCCCGCACCGAGAUCGAGGGGACCCAGAAGCUGCUCAACAAGGACUUGGCCGACCUCAUCAACAAGAUGCGCUUGGCACAGCAGAACGCCGUCACCUCGCUGAGCGAGGAGUGCAAGCGGCAGAUGCUGACGGCCUCCCACACCCUGGCCGUGGACGCCAAGAACCUCCUGGAUGCCGUGGACCAAGCCAAGGUCCAGGCCAACCUGGUGAAGCUGUGCUUGGAGUGA